GUUGAAACUUCUGAAAAUGAGUCCUUUAAUCCCAGAGCCUGCGGUCAAACUCUUGAAGAAGCCCUCUCUUCUUUUCCUCAUUCAUCGAAUGAUCAACGUCCAGGCAGAUCAAGGAAGCAAAAUAUCCGUGAGCUUCGUGAAGAAUUUGAAGAUGAUCCUGAACUUUACGGUAUUCGCCGAUCCUCUCGAUGUCGUAAAGAACCCAUGCGCUAUGAAACUAUUAAGCCUGAUCCUGACGAAAUCAGAAAAUCCAGGCGGCACCACCGAGCAGAUAGUUCUGAUUAUCAUUCCGAAGAAUCAUCAACUGAUUCUUCAGGACCUCGAUGGAGUCGGAUAUCGGUUGAGAAACGCUCUGUGAGGACUCGCGGAAAUCGUGUAAAUUAUAAAGAGGCAUUUGUUGAUGAAAAUUUUAGUUCUGACGAUGGCUCAACAAGACCACAUCAAGCUAAGCGCAGUGCCCAGACUCGGUGCCAGUCUCAUUCCGGUGGAUAUGCCGGUCAACAAUGGUCCAUCCAGAAGCCCAGGGGAUCCUUGGUUAGACAGGCCAAGUCAGAAAACAGAUCUUUAGAUCAAAACGUGGCUGCGUUUAAAGCCUCUCGAGAUCGAGAUGAGGAAGAUGAAGAUGAAGAGUAUAUGCGCACUGAGUCUGGCAGUUUAAACCGUGAUUCGGCUGAGGCUGAAGACCCUGAUCAGAUACCUGACGAAGCUCUUCCUGAUGCAUUCGAAGAAGCUGACAUGAUCGAAGAGGUCCUCUCACAUGCGAUUCGCCGGCGAGGUGCCACUGGAAAUCCAACUACCAUGUAUAAUGUGCGUUUGGAAAAAGACUUGAAUGCAGGAUUUGAUGGAUCUAAAGAGGAGGGAGAGUUGCAGUUUCUGAUUAAAUGGCGAAACUGGAGUCAUAUUCAUUCAACCUGGGAGACUGAGGCUUCUCUUAAAAAUCCAUCCCGUGUUGGUGGCCCUGUUAAUGGUCUUAAGAAGCUUUAUGAUUACAAAGCGAGGCUUCGCGAGAGGAAAGAGUUUGAGAAGCUUGCUGAAAUGGAUGAAUUAGAAGCACUUGCUUACGAAGAAGAACGCAAUGAGCAAAUAUUGUCUGAAAAGAUGACAGUCGAGCGGAUAAUUGCCCAUAGCAGAGACCGUGAGACAGGAACAUUUGAUUACUUGAUUAAAUGGUGCCGUCUCGAUUAUAGGUUUUGC